ACAGCGAUAAUGGAAAAGAUCUUCUGCCAGCAGUACUGACUGGCAGAGGUUGUGAGAGCUAGCAACGAACCCCUUUUCGAGCCCCAGGUUGAGUGGGAGUUGAUUUGUUUGGGGUUUCAAAAGUACAGGUUACAGAGAAGAUGGGAGCAGUGUUGGGAACUGUGUAGGGCGAUCAAUUCAUGCUUAGUGCUACAAGUAAUGUCGGCAGCCAUGACCAAAUCUGGGGGCUGCGUUAUCCAUUCUGAAGACGAGCUGGAGUCAUGUAAUCACGAUCCGCAACUUAUACUCACCCCAGCCCUAGAAAAUGUAACAAUGACGAUGAUUAAUGACAGAACGGACAAACUCCGUGGAUCGGGAGAGCGUCGUCUUCGUGAAGAGGCGAUGGUGGGCUUUCGUACAUUUGACAAACCCAACAGCUUUGUCUCGGACACAUCCAUGUCCUCAAACUGGAAUGAUGUCAAGACUUUCACAGUUUUCGUCCUAUCUUUGACUUUUGGAAUUAUAAUGCCCGUGGUCCAAUUUGUGAUAGGAGGAGCGUUUUUCAGGGCGUGUCACGAUGGAAACACGUUCACAGUUUACCUUGUCAUAGGCGGUAUGUUGGACAUCGUCGGAUGUAGCACGUUUACCGGACUUGUGCAUCGGCUGGCAGAAACAGAGCAGCUGUCACGUGACCCAGGAACUGAGUGGUCGAAGCGGGCGUGGAACAUCAUCUGUGGGUUUGCCAUUGUAGCCUGGAUUGUCUAUGGUCAACUGAAAAUCUACCAUUUGACGCAUUACAGGAAUCCUUUCAGGCGUGAUUUACCAUGUGCGCAGGAAGUUGGCCUGACGUUUUACACGCAAAUUUUCAUCGUCGUUAAGAUGGUGGCCAUCGCAGUAGGCCUGAGUCUGAUUGUGACUUACUUUCUUCUGAAACACGAGGGACGUUUGUGUUGGAGGCGAUACAAGCUUAAAACGCAGUGUAGCUUACGGUGAACUCAUCAGCUUUCAAUAUUUUAUCGAUCACUGAUUAAUAAAUGUGAAAUACAUAAGGAAAUAAGUUUAUACAUAUAUUUUUAAAAAGUUAACUCUGAAAAGGUUUAUAGGAUGUUGUAUGAAAUUGGUAACUAAAAUACUUGAAAGUAGCUCAGACUGUGACGUGAAGAAGGAUACUAAAGUGGCACAAACAGGCAUUUGAUUGUGGGAAUCGUCGGCUUUGUAGUUAAUAAAAGUACCUAUUGCACAUUUGUUUUGGUUACAAAUAAGGGCUUUAAUAUUUGCUAUAGUCAUCGUUUUUUAUCCAGGAUAUCAAGGGAUACAUGAAAAGGAAGUGAAAACAUAAAUAGUAGAUUAUGGUUAUUAGCAACAUGAAAACAGUUGUAGGGGCCUACCGGAAAAGAAAUUGCAUAUCAUUUUUGGGGGCAUAUUUAUAUUAUCUCUUGAUUAUCACAUUGUUUUAUGCUUAUUUUCCGUCGAUGGUCGGGCAUUUUUGGGAGGAAAACAACAGCCCUCGUCCCACAUUCGUACUCUUCCUGUACGGUACAAAAUUGUUUUGACAUCUAGCACCGUUUACGUCACGAUUAAAGAUUACGUAAUAUCCGUACUGACCGAUUUGUUCCUAGGAAA